GUGUGAGCGCGCUUGUGCCUCCCCAGUCCUCCCAGUCAGGGAUCGUGCGUUUGAUCGGAGCGGCCGCGGCGAAAAACAACUAAAAACAAAAAGAAAUAUACGCACACCUUUUUUUUUUUUUUUUUUUUGCGUGUUUGUUUUUGUUUUUUGGGGUGAAGGGAAAGCCAAAUAAUACCGACAAUAUGAAUCCGAGCUGCGGCAGGUGCGGAAAAAUCGUCUAUCCAACGGAGAAAGUGAACUGCCUGGACAAGUUCUGGCACAAAGCAUGCUUCCACUGCGAGGUGUGUCACAUGACUCUCAACAUGAAGAACUACAAAGGCUAUGAGAAGAAGCCCUACUGCAAUGCACACUACCCCAAGACGUCCUUCACCACAGUGGCCGACACUCCGGAGAACCUGCGACUGAAACAGCAGAGCGAGAUGCAGAGCCAGGUGCGCUACAAGGAGGAGUUUGAGAAGAACAAGGGGAAGGGCUUCAGUGUGGUGUCAGACACUCCAGAGCUGCAGAGAAUCAGGAAGACACAGGACCAGAUCAGCAACAUCAAGUACCACGAAGACUUUGAGAAGAGCCGGAUGGGAGGGCCGCUGGAGGGGGGGGAGGAGAGGAGGAACUCAGAGGAUGGCGCCGUCUUCAGGAGACCCCAGGAACCGCAGCACCCUCCUCAGCCCAGCACUCCGGCCUAUCAGCAGAGCCCCCAGUCCUACAGCUUCACCCAGCCAGCUGCUGCCCCUGCCCCCACUCCCGCCCCAGCCCCGGCCCCGGCCCGUGCUGCAGCUCCCUCCAGUGGGGUGCGCUAUCGCGCGGUCUAUGACUACAGCGCCGCUGAUGAAGACGAGAUCUCGUUCCUGGACGGGGACGUCAUCCUGAAUGUGCAGGUGAUCGACGACGGCUGGAUGUAUGGCACAGUGGAGCGCACAGGAGACACGGGCAUGCUACCCGCCAACUACGUGGAAACCAUGUGACCUGGGACCAUGUGACAUGGGGGGGGGGGGGGGGACCAUGUGAUCUGGGAGAGGGGAGGAGAGAAAGGAGAGGGAUCAUGUGAACCCCUCACCCUCCCUCCACCCCUUACCAUGGGGGUUCACUUUCAUCAUUCCAGUUCAGUUUAACAUUCCAAACAUUAAUCUCAGUAUGAAAAAUGAUGAUGUAAGUUUAGAGAAAUUACACAAGACACCGGAAAUGUGUGAUUAUUAAUGGUGGAUGUUAUAAUUAUUAUUGUUAUUAUUAUUAUUCAUGAUUAUAAUGAUGUUGUGAUUUGUUUUUAUUAACUGUUUUUUUCCCCCAUAUUUUCUUUUUAUUAUUAGUUUUGGGGCGGGGAGGGGGGGGGGAUUUUAGCUUUUUUUUCAUGAUUAACAAAAAAAAAUUGCUUUUUAUAAUUUAUAUAUAACAAGCAAGGCCUUUUACCCAGGAUUCCUGUAAAUAUGUGUAUAUACAGUCUCCCUCAUGGAGAACUGAUGAGUCCUUGUUUUAGUAUUCUCAGCCCAGCUGAUAAAUACAGAUUUAAACACCCUUUUUAGAUAGAUUGUACUUGCAGGGGUGACACACUCCCUGAAUGCACAGGGUUUGUUUCAUUGUCGAUCAUUUAGGGGUACCCUGCUAUCUGUAUAUCUCUGUACUUACCUGCUCUGUGUUUUACAGUGAAUUGAGAUCUGAGCCUGAAACCAAAGCACUAAUGGUGGAGCUGCACUUGCACCUCAGAAACUCUAGGGGUCGCCAGAAACAAUAGGUGUUGCUUCAAUGACAUUUCUUUUGUGUUUUAAAAGCGCAGUCAAUUAUGCAAAUGUACCACCCCUCAGGAACCCUGGGUAAAAAGGUUUCAUUUUCUGCGAUUUCAAUGCUGCACUGUGACCUUAAAAAAAAAAAAAAAAAAAAAAAAAGAUAAAACAUUUAUUUUCAUCUAUAGAAAUCAAACCGUACGGGGGUGGGGGGGGGAUUAUAUAUAUAAAUAAAAAAAUAUGAUAAUAAAAAAAUCUUGAAAAAUAUAUAAAUAAAUAAAAUGCAAAAUGUCGUAGGUAGAAUCUUAAAGAAAAAACAAAAGUAUUUCACAUUUGAAGGGGAAUGGAAGCGUGCUUAUGUCCUCUGUGGGUCCUCGUCCCCCUGUCUGUCUCCAGUCUGGGAGAAUGGACAGCAGGACCGAUGCAGUAGUGUUUUGGGGUCUCUCCACAGGGACUCCUUGCUCAGAACAUUCCAAGUCUAUUCCAGCCGGAAGUGGAGUGGAGAGAGACGCGCGCGCACUCGCUGGGCUUGGCGUGCGAGACUUGGGCACACUCGGUGCUAGGUAAUGAUCCAGCUCUACCACUUUAAAAACAGUUAGAGGCCAGGUCAUCACAAAGAGGCGGCAGAUGCUAAUUCGAGAUCUGAAACUCGACAGCCCCUCUCUCCCCCGUUCUCUCCCUGGUUCUUCACCUCAUUCCCACACAGAUGAAGUGUUUCUCGGCUUGCUCUGCUCCCACGCUCCCCCCAGCUGUUCAGGGGCUGCUCCGAGUGCUUGCACCCUGGACCCCCACACAGACCCUGCUGGGGAUCAGUGGGGUCCAUCCACCCAGUAAAGACAUUCGGAGAAGUGAAGCUUGGGGAAGAUCAGGUUUAGAAACUUAACACGAGUUAGACUAGUGAAGUAGAUGGCGUUUACAAACCGUGACUUAAAAGUAAUUUGUGUGUGUGUAAUAUACCUAUGCGCACAUGCAUGCAGGAACUGGAAAUAUCACAGCUAUGGUGCUGGUAAUGACAGCGCUGUAGAGCUGAGAGUGCAGUGUGUUUAGACUAGCGCUCAUUAUUAUUAAGGUGCUGGUAAUGACAGCAGGGUCUUCGGGUGGAAUUUAAAGCACAAAGAUAUUUGUUUCAAGCGAAGUGUUGCUGCUGCUGCUGCUUUACCUGCCAGUGCAUUUCAAAGCUGGUCAGAGCGCCCCCUAGUGUGUCAGUCAGGAACAGACGAGCGAUCACCACACAGUGAGCUGACUGCGAACCAACCAGCGUCUUUUUAAAUAAAUACAAAAUAAAUAAGUAAAUGAGUCCGGUAGCAACAGAGCAGUCGAUAUCACGUUUCACUUGUGUUAAUAAUAAUAAUAGUAAUAAUACAAAUUUGUCUUUUUUUUACUUUCUCAGUAUAUUUUGAUACAAAUAAAAAGAACGAAAGUAUUCGUCUGCCUUUUCUGUUGUCAAUGUUUUUUUUUUUUGGGUGAAUUCCAACAUUUACUUUUACAUUCCUAUCAUUUUUUCUUUUUUACUAUGAUUAUAAUUAGAAUUGUUGUUGUUAUUAUUAUCAUUAUUACUGUAUUAUUAUUAUUAUUAAACUCUAGACAUGUACUGAUUCGUCUCAUCAGACUCAAUAAAAUUGUCAUUUUUACCCAGAAA